UCAGGCUUCAGGCUCACUCCUCAGCCAUGCUGCUGCUCCUGCUGCUCCUGGAGGCCACCCUGCUCUGGCUGGCCAGCGGCUCCCACCACCCCUUCUACAAUGGCUUCUACUACAACCACAUCAUGAACGACAAUGGCAACGGGCAGGAGAAAGAGGUUUACUUCAAUGGGGCCAAGCUGGUGGUGGAGACCCCCAAAGACCCCGUCUACAGCUUCAACGGUGCCAAUGUCACCCUGCCCUGCCACUACCAUUACGAGCCUGACCUGGAGGCCAAGCACAAGAUCCGCAUCAAAUGGUCCAAGCUGCGGGACGACUACACCAAGGAGCAGGACGUGCUGGUGGCUAUUGGCAAGACCUAUGUAGCCUUUGGGGACUUCCAGGGCCGAGCUCACCUCCUCCGGGCUGGCCGGCGUGAGGCCUCACUGCUUGUCAGUGACGUGCGCUUGCAGGAUGAUGGCAAAUACCGCUGCGAGGUCAUUGAUGGACUGGAGGACGAGAGUGAUGUGGUGGACCUCCGGCUGCAAGGCAUCGUGUUCCCCUACCAGCCUCCCCGCGGCCAGUACAGGCUCAACUUCCACGAAGCCGAGCAAGUGUGCCAGGAGCAAGGCGCCAUCCUCGCCACCUUCAACCAGCUCUUCCAGGCCUGGAGCGAGGGGCUGGACUGGUGCAACGCAGGCUGGCUGGCUGACGGCACCGUGCAGUACCCCAUCCGCCUGCCCCGCAAGCCCUGCGGAGGGUUGCACCUCGCCCCGGGCAUCCGCAUGCGCCACCGGCACCUGCACCGCUUUGACGCCUUCUGCUUCUCCUCCUCGCUCAGAGGAGAGGUUUUCUACCUGGACCGCCCGGCCGGGAUGACGCUGGAGGAGGCCAAGCAGAGCUGCCAGGACGCGGGGGCUGAGAUCGCCCGGGUGGGGCACCUCUACUCCGCCUGGAAGUUCCUGGGGCUGGACCGCUGCGAUG